CCAGUGCUGGGAGCUGGUAGUUCUCUCUCUAUUCUCUCUUUCUCUCUAGCUUUUAGGUUUUCUUUAUGAAUCUCGUGCUAUUCGAGCUGAAUUCCUAAUUUUCUCUCUCUAACUUCUCGUGUUUUCAUCGUUAUUCCUUUUUUUGUCACUCUUUAACUUUUGGGGUUUCUUCUGAUUAUUUUUGUUGAUUUUUUUCCCCAUUUUCGUUUCCUAUUCAUAGAGAUUUAUCUGGAAUCAUCUACGAUUCUUUUUAAUAUGUGAAUCUCUCUAUGUUUUGGAUUCUGAGAGAGUUCAUUUGAUCGUUCUCUCUUUCUCUCUCUAGAUUUUUGACCCUCUUCUUCUAUCUGAUUUCAGGCAUUUUUAGGUUUUGGUAUCAGUCUCUGAGAUUUUUCCGUUCCAAAAUUACUCUGAAGAACUUCUGAUACAAUCAGAUAAAAUCACUCUCUCUCUCUCUCUCUCACUUUGUCUCUUAACUAUUCUCUUUCUCUCUCUAAAACUUUUGCUCUCGCUUUUUCUUGAGAUUGAUUCUAGCCCUUUUCAUUAGAUUUCAGUGUGUAUUUCUCUAUUUUAUCUCUAAUUCCUGUAGUUUAUUUCUUGUCCUCUGACAGUCUAAGUUUGUUUUGGAAUUCUUUGUUUGCCUGACAAUGAAUGUUGUGCACACUCUAUGUCGAGCUCAAUUUUACCCAAAUUUACAUUCAGGGAGUUAUAAUUCAUCUCAUUUCCUAAGACCCCAUGGGAGAAGGUGCAGAAACAAGAGGAAUUCUACUGAUUCUUCAUCUCUCCAGAAUUUACAGUCAUGGCAAUAUACCAUGCAACUGCAAAACUUCAUAAGAAUCCAUGCAAUUCAUCGACAAUUAGGGUUUCUCAGCAAGAAAUGUGGACAAAAUCGACCAUUGAUUCUUCCUUGUCACGGCCAGAAAUCUGAUCGCCUUGGUGAUAUUCUUGGCAAAGAUGGUAAUGGUGCUUGGUCUCCUGAAACUGCCAAAAACGAUUUCUCUCCUGAGUUGAAUGGAAACAGUGGUUUAGCGUUUGGGUCUCAAAGCCCUAAUUCUGAGAAGAGAGAGACAACAUUGAAAAGUGAUUAUUUUGGCAAUGAGUCAAUUGAUGAGAGAGAAAGUGCGGUAGAGAGAGAAGCAUGGGAUCUUUUACAGGCAGCUAUGGUGAAUUAUUGUGGUAGUCCAAUUGGAACCAUUGCUGCAAAUGACCCAACUGACCCCAGUAUUUUGAAUUAUGAUCAGAUUUUUAUAAGGGAUUUCAUUCCUUCUGGUAUAGCUUUUCUCUUGAAAGGGGAGUACGAGAUAGUUCGAAACUUCAUUCUCCACACACUUCAGUUGCAGAGCUGGGAAAAAACAAUGGACUGUCAUAGCCCAGGUCAAGGAUUAAUGCCUGCAAGCUUCAAAGUACGUACAGUGCCACUUGAAGGAGAUGACACAGCGACCGAGGAUGUUCUCGAUCCCGACUUUGGAGAGGCGGCUAUUGGACGUGUUGCACCUGUGGAUUCUGGGUUAUGGUGGAUUAUAUUGCUUAGAGCAUAUGGAAAAUGCUCUGGAGAUCUGUCAGUUCAGGAGAGGGUUGAUGUCCAAACUGGCAUGCAGAUGAUUCUGAAACUGUGUCUUGCCGAUGGUUUUGAUAUGUUUCCAACGCUUCUUGUAACAGAUGGGUCGUGCAUGAUAGAUAGGCGAAUGGGGAUCCAUGGUCAUCCUUUGGAAAUCCAGGCACUGUUCUAUUCGGCCCUUCGCAGUGCCCGAGAGAUGCUCACACCUGAAGACUCAUCUGCAGACCUCAUGAGAGCUCUAAACAAUCGGCUCAUUGCUCUCUCCUUCCACAUUAGAGAAUAUUAUUGGGUCGAUAUGAAGAAAUUGAAUGAAAUCUACAGGUACAAGACCGAGGAAUACUCAUAUGAUGCUGUGAACAAGUUUAAUAUAUAUCCUGAUCAGAUCCCUCCAUGGCUGGUUGAGUGGAUGCCGGAUACAGGAGGUUAUUUUAUAGGGAAUUUGCAACCAGCCCAUAUGGACUUUCGAUUCUUUUCUCUCGGAAACCUGUGGUCUAUAGUGUGUAACUUAGCAACUCGAGAGCAAUCUGAAGCCAUACUAGACCUUGUUGAGUCUAAGUGGGGAGACUUUGUUGCUGAUAUGCCAUUCAAGAUUUGUUAUCCUGCUCUUGAAGGCCAGGAAUGGAGGAUUAUCACGGGCAGUGAUCCAAAGAACACGCCUUGGUCAUACCAUAACGGUGGUUCUUGGCCAACUCUACUAUGGCAGCUCACUGUGGCCUGCAUAAAGAUGAACAGGCCACACCUAGCUGCAAAGGCCAUCAAGAUUGCAGAGGCUCGAAUUUCUAGGGAACGGUGGCCUGAGUACUAUGACACAAAGAAAGCCCGCUUCAUUGGAAAGCAAGCCCGCCUAUAUCAAACAUGGUCCAUAGCUGGUUUCCUAGUUUCUAAGCUCCUCCUUCGUAAUCCUGAGACCAUCAAGAUCCUCACCUGUGAGGAGGAUGCUGAGCUUGUGAAUGCUUUCUAUUGCAUGCUUGAUGCCAACCCCAAGAGGAAGCGAAACCGAAAGAAGUCGAGCAAGAGUUAUAUCGUGUGAUCAAGGAAGAAAAAGUUGGUGAUAAGGUGGGUGGUGUAAUUGGCCAGAGAGAGAGAUAGAGGUGUAAAAUGGGGAGGAUGCAUCUCGACCAUCGGCAGACUGGUUUUUAAAUUUAACAUCUGUGAACUUAUGAUCGCCACUGCUCACUCUCUCAUACACACACGCACACGAAGUGAGAUGCCGGUAGGUAAGACAAGAUGUAGCCUUGCGCAAUGUAGCAUGUGUAUCAUGGUUAUUCACCAAGGUAAUGGAAUUGGAUGGGCAUUGUAUCAUAGUCAAGAAGCUGCAUUGCAACGAGUAUCUAAAUAACUAUUGGUUUUAAUUGUAAAAAAGGAAGGAAUGUAUUUUAUGGUUUUGGGACUAAGAUUGGUUUAGCUUUUUUUAUUGUUAUAGCUUAUCUCAUUGUAUACAUUGAGAUUGUACCAGGCCCAGACCCAAUGAGAUUGUCCCAUAAUGGGCCAGACCA